AUGAGCAGGUCGCAGGACACCGUCAUCGACGAUGACGAGGAGACUUGCCCACUUUGUAUCGAAGAGUUUGACCUAUCCGACAAGAACUUCAGACCCUGUCCUUGUGGCUACCAGAUUUGUCAGUUCUGCUUCAACAGUCUUAAGACUACUUAUGAAAAGAGUACCUGCCCGAACUGUCGAAGACCCUACGAUGAGAAGACCAUUCAGUACAAGAUCCCAACAGCUGAGGAAUUCAAACUCGACCAACUAAACAAGAAUAAAAAGCAAGCCGCUGCGAAACGAAAGGAGACAGAGAAGCGUGAGGUGGAGAAUUCAUCACGUCGCAAUCUCGCUGGAGUGCGCGUCAAACAACAAAACCUUGUUUAUGUUAUUGGCCUCAUACCGCAGAUCAAAGAUGAACAGGCUCUGCUCCAGACUCUCCGUGGUCCAGAAUAUUUCGGCCAGUACGGCGAAAUUGAGAAGAUCGUAGUCAGCAAGGCCAAACCAGGAGCAGCAAACCAAGGAAUUGGCGUAUACGUCACGUACGCUCGCAAAGAAGACGCCGCCCUCUGCAUCAAUACUGUGGAUGGUUCUCUCAACGGCGAUCGCGUUCUACGGGCCCAAUUUGGCACCACCAAGUACUGCUCUGCCUAUUUGCGGGGUGAAACGUGCACCAACAAAAAUUGUAGCUUUCUGCAUGAGUCAGGCGAAGAUGGUCAGCACAGCUCGUUGCAAAACGAACCGCAUGGCGCAAAACUCUCUACUCGACCUGCCGUGUCAGCUCAGAUGGCGCAAAUGAACCCUCCACCUCGACCUCAGUCGGCCGUCCAAACCGCAAUCACUCAGCCAAUGGCUCGACAAGGGAGCAAGGACAAUGACAACAGCAGGAAGAACUCGCAGGAUGGUUCUGCCCUGCCCUCUACUGCAAGCUGGGCAACUGCAAAUGCUUCUGUCGCGCGGACGAGACGUGCCAGCCAAACCAACAGCAGGGCUACUCCUAGUCCCCAAACGACCCAUGCUUCACUCACUGCCCAGAAGCCAGACGAACACAAACCCAAGGAGGCACCUGUCAGCCAGACAUCUAGCUCGACCGCUCCUGCGAAGACGGCAUCCAGACCAGACCAGACAGUUUCUAAACCGAAACCAAAACCACAACCGCUGGACCCGAUACAAAAACAAUACGAGGAUGUCCUGCGAGUUGUAUCUCGGAGUUACCGAUUCAUUUACGACGACUCAUGUCUCAGCCCAGAAGCUCGCUCUGCAGUAGAUGACAUGCCCUGUUUCAUCGAUCCUUAUGGUGGUGCCAAACGCCGCGCCAUGCGAGAGAGGGAAGAAGCCGAGCGCGCAAAGCUAGAGGCCGAAGCAAAAGCCAAACUGGAAGCUCAGGCCACUUCAGCUGCGGAAGAGACCUUGGAUGAAGACAAUGUCGUUGCGGGAAGCCUCGCCCUGGGUGGUGAACCAGAAGACGAUCCGAGAGAUUCUUCAGCACGGGGGGCAAUUGGACGUCCGUCGCAGUCCCUGAACGACCAAUUUUCGUCAAUGAGUUUGAAUUCUCGCAGCUUGACACCUCAACAACGACAACAGCUGGCUCUUCUCAGCGCCAGCAAUCUACCACAAGCGCCUGGUCUUGGUCAACCAAGUACCCAGAACACUGCUUUCGAGAUGUCAGACUUUGAUAGACGAGGACCACAGUACAGCCAAGCCCAAUACGAACAGAUUAGCAGUCACCAACGCCACGGUUCCAGAUACUUCAACAAUGAUACUAAGGCCGGCACCGCCAGUCGCUUCCAAGGACAGCAGCAGAGCUUCUACUCUAGUGGAGUCCAAGGACCUCCUCCCGGCUUGCCAACUGCGGGGACUCCUCCGGUCAGUGGUGGUGGAAUGUUCGCUCAUGGCCAGAAUUUCACCAACCCUGGUUUUGGAACUUCUAAAGACAUCAACGCGGAAGCCUAUUCGAGGAAUCGGAGUGGAACGAAUCAAGGUCAUGAAAUGUCUAAGCGUGAGUUGCUCCUUUCCUUGCAAAAUAACCCCCUUCGGUCACCCCCACUGUCAGCCCCUGCCCCUGGCGUCCUCAACCCGCUCUACGCUCAGUAUCAGACAUACCAAGAUCCUGGGCUUGUCAAGCAAAGGAAAAAGGGCAAGAAGCACAGACACGCUAACACUUCCUCUUCAGGAGGUGGUGUAGAGCAUCUUGCAGACCCGAGUAUUGCGUCAGCGAGAGUCCACCAGGGCAAUACGACAGGGCAGGGGCUGUUUGGGGGUAAUCAAGUGGACGAGAAGAAUUUCCCGCCUCUGCCGACUCGCUCAGAUACACAGCCUCCACCUUUGCAUUCCCGCGUCUCGUCCUUUCAGAGUCACUACAGCUCGGGUCUGCGAUCAUCAACACCGAAAAUCCCUCCAGGUUUUGAACUCAGUCAUGGACAUCCGGUUCCCAAUAGGCAAGUGUCUCCUCCGCUGCCUGCCCAGGUAAUUGGACAACGAAGCACGUCGACCAGUUCUUUACCCAUCGCUCCAGCUGUGCCAAUCGUACCGAUAGGCCAUCGCGCGUCGACUCCAAAAUCGAAGGCCUCCGAGUCACUGAAAGAAGACUGCAAGGUCACGCCAGCUGACGAAGCACCUAUCUUGGGCAAGAAGCCUAGCAGUGGAGUGUCUGAGAUUAGUUUAGGCUCUCCUAAAUCGAAGCCGAUCCGCCAAAAGCCUGAGGCUGAGAAGAAGCCGGAUAUAGGGGGAAAGGCUGAAGAGAAGACUGAAAAGAAAGAUGAAGCUCGCACUCUUUCGAAGGCUGAUGACCCUCGGGGCAAAGGGAAAGCCCCGGCAGUCAAACCUGGGAAGAUAGAAUUACCUCAAGGAACCGCCUCGGAUGCCCCAACCAACCCGCCGCUACCAUCCGCCAACACUACUGGUAUGGACAAGUCUGCAACACCGAUUCUGGAUUCGGCAGUCGUUGGCACACCAGGGACAAUGAGCCCCCGACCGAUCACUCCUGUCACUACCACUACAUCGGAGACAUCCAAGACGUCGAUGCCUCGACCGAGGACGCUCCGCGUAACGACUGGUUUGGUCACGAAAACGCUAGAGCAGACUCCUGCAUCGGCAACGACCGAGAAAUCGAGCGCUGUGCCUCCCAUUUCAACCAUCAAGAAAGGGUCCAGACGACCAUCUCUCUCUUCGGCUCAGUUUAGUAGGCCAUCAACGCCAGCAAUGUCAGAGCGCCCUUCUCACGACGCUUCUCGCGCCAGCUCUCCUCCACCAAGUAUCGUUGGUUCUGCUCCGGAGCGAGCCAAGAGCAAAGCUCAGCUAAAGAAAGAAAGACGAGAGAAGGCUAAGAAGACAACUGAGACCAGUGACACCGUCGCAAGUGCUGCCACUACACCAGUUGUGGAAGAGGUUGCUCCUGUCAUUGCUCGGCAAAAGAAACAGAAGAAACAGUGGGUGGAGAGUACUACGGCAGCUAGUGGCGACGAGAAAGCGAAGGUUAAGGCAGAAGGUGCCAGCACAAAGUCACAGGAAACAGUCCAGAAACACGACGUUGGAACUUCUGGGGACAAGCUGGAGCUCAAGAAGACAGAGGAGAAGGACAAAGCCGCAAUUCCCGCUUCGAAGCAGCCCGAAAAAUCUGCAAGUCAGCCUCAGAAACCAGACACCCUUCGAACGGCAACACCAAAGGAAGAGCCUGCGCCAAAAGUCGAAGAGGCCAAGGGUACGUACACGAUGCGUGACCUGUUAAACGAAGCCGAGAAGAUGGCUGCGGCCAGUGACGGUCCCUCGACACACGCAGCCAUGCAAAAACUUCUCAACGAGCAUAUUUCAUCCAUGCCUAAGAUUUUCUCCUCACUCAUCCAAACGGGCGACCUUUCUAGAGAUCAUCCGUGGCUGAACCCGCCGUCUUUCAACUCUGCCGCGUACAAAUUACCGCCAGAUUCCCGACGCGGUCAAGAGUACCUGGACGGGAACGGAUAUAGUGCCAACGAUGCGUUUGGCUAUAUCUACCUUCCACUCAAAGAGAAGCAAGCAUUGAAGGAUGGCAAUGCUGUGAGUGUUGCUGACGCAGGGGAGCGAAAAGAUGAUCUAUUGAAGAGAUGUUUGGUGACGCCUAAUGGGUGGGUCUUGAGGCAUCUCAGCGCUGACGAGGGUGAAAAACUCCUCGAGCUUGAGGAAAGACGACAGAUAUAUUUUGAGGAAUUUGGAGAUAUAGGCACAAUGGCCGGAUUAGGUGUGCUCGAAGCCGAUGAUUACACGAACCUCGGAGGUGGGAUGGAGAGGCUUGCCAGACGGGGUGAGCGCCACGGCGUGGUAUGGAUUAUGGGCGAGGAUGGCGAGAUGGCCGAAGACGACGAGUUUGAGCCAUUCGAUGAUGAAGACGGCGAGAUUGAUGGUGAGAUCGGCGAUAGCGACGGAGAAGGUGAAGAGGAGUUUGCCGAGGGAGAAGGCUUGGAUGACGAAGGCGAGGAAGGCUUUGAGGCCGACAGCCAGGUGAAUAUGCCCGGGGGUUGGGAUCUUUCACCUCGAGAUUCUCAUCAUGCGGCCAGAGUCGGCUCCGGCGGACGGAUUAACUCUCUUCCCGGCCUGGGCCCGCAUUCGAGAACGAAUGCUCUUCGCUUGCCUUCGAGAGGUCCACCGAUCGGUCCAGAGGAUCCUUCUCAACAGGAAAAUCGUGUCGCUGUUGGUCCGAGCACGGCUCCCCAAAACGCAGAUAAGAAUCCUCCCAUGUUGUUGGCCACUGCGACCGCAACAAAUGCAACAACGGCAGAUAAUGUCAACGUUCGCCUUCUCGAUGCCGAUGCACUGCAAAAACGCGUCCAAGAGUCACAAAAGGCACUCGAGGUCGCCCGCAAGGAGAUGGAGAAAGCCGAGAAACUUUGGAACAAGAAAGCAAAGGAUAUCGGACGGUGGAGAGAUGGCCUCAUCGGGUCGUUGGGUGUGAAGGGCUAG